UGUUUUUAUGCAGCUCAAUAUUUUAAAAUUCACGAAAGAAGCAUUUCAUGCUUUCCAUCAUACCUUCCAAAGCUUAAAGUCAUCAUCUUUUUUAUUCAAUUUUACUCUUCAACAGAAUUUGGUUGACCCCUUUCCUUUUCACAGUCCAUGACAGCUACCAAUGUCCAAACCAGAUUUAUUUAUAGCUUAAAAUGCUUCCUUGUUUUGCUUGAAUCGACCUGCCAUGGCUGAUGCUAGUGGCUCUGGAACAUCGCAUCAAACUGCUCAAGAAGAUGAGCUGAAUCUCCAUGAUCAGAGAUGUGAAAGAGAAGAAGCCGCGUUAACGCCACCUAGACGCCCAAAUCUCUCGUCUUUGGAAAUACCCGAAAGGUCUUUGGAGGCAGCAUUGUACGAUUUCACAAGGAUAGACAUCCCCAGUCCCAGUUCUACCAGAGCGGGAUUGCCUCCGAGACCCAGUUCGGCGAAACUUAAAUCAUCCGUUAUGAACAUGCUUUCUCAGAAGAGCUUCAGGGGUAAAAUCCCGUUGCAGGAUACUGAAAAAACAGUUCUUAUUAUGCCGGACGUGCCCCUUUCUGACAAGCCUUCAACUUCUAGAUCAUUUUCGUUAAACAAACUUUUGUUUUCCCCAUCAACAAAAUCAGUACAUUCAUUGCCCGUGACACCAAUGGCAGUGGCCGAUCCUAAGCCCUCAGUCGAAAGUCACGCGCAUCUUCAGUCGAAAACGCUACAACCUGAAGCUAAGAAAUUCAUGAAACGCUCUUUUUCAGUUCCAGUUAAUGUUAAAACCAGAAGCUUGAGGCGAACAGAAUCAUCUGGAGUUUUGAUACGUGUAAUAUCAAAGCACCAUAACCCUACAACAGUGGAAAAUGCCUCCCCGGAUAUAUCUCCCGAAACGGAAGCUGACAUAGAAGAUGCUGGGGAAGACAUUCCCGAAGAAGAGGCUGUUUGUAGAAUUUGUUUCAUAGAGCUCGGAGAAGGGGGUGAAACGCUGAAGAUGGAGUGCAGUUGCAAAGGAGAGCUUGCGCUUGCCCACCAAGAGUGUGCUGUGAAGUGGUUUAGCAUCAAAGGUAAUAAGACCUGUGAUGUUUGUAAGCAGGAUGUCCGUAACCUUCCAGUAACGUUGCUGAAAUUACAAAAUCCGCCUAAUGUUGUACGAAGAGUACCUGUUGCACCACAACAAAAUGAAGCGACUCAAUACAGGUUUUGGCAGGAUGUGCCCGUUCUCAUCAUGGUCAGCACACUUGCAUAUUUCUGCUUUCUGGAGCAGCUUCUGGUAGCUGACCUGGGACCUCGAGCACUGGCCGUUUCAUUACCUUUCUCUUGCGUGUUAGGUCUCCUUUCAUCCAUGAUAGCAUCUACAAUGGUGAGCAAGAGUUACAUAUGGGCUUAUGCCUCUUUCCAGUUUGCAAUAGUGAUUCUGUUUGCUCAUAUUUUUUAUGCCGUGCUCGAUGUCAAUCCUAUCCUUUCCGUAUUGCUCUCCUCCUUCACUGGGUUUGGGAUCGCGAUCAGCACCAAUUCACUUCUCGUGGAAUACUUAAGAUGGAGAGCAAGCCGUCAUCCCCAGUCCUUACCGCAACAAACAAGCAGUGGCGUGCAGUCUCAUCCACAUGAACAAAGACACCGCCAACAUCAGCCCCAGUAUGGCGAUAAUGGUAAUCGAGCACUGCAAACUCCAGUAGCACUCUCAAUACCCGCGGGGUCAUCAGGAAACGUAUGAGAAGCAGGAAGUGCAGCUGAACAUUUUAUCCAGAGAUUGGAGGCAUUUUGAACCGGAAGAACGUGAAGGGUUCGGAUACUCGGUCGGGCAGCUAUUUAGCAAUGCUGGUCAUGGAUCUUAGAAGAGAUAUUACACAUAUUGCCUGCAAUCAGGAUAUUGUAAUAUUGUUAACAGCCAAGUAUAAAAUUUUGUGAGGUUGGAAGUUUGUUCUUUAGUACAUGUGAAAGAAAGUUAUACAGAAUAUGGAGCUUCUACA